AGCUUGAAAACGACAAAUUUAAGAUCACUUGGUAACAUUUGCAUGGUAAUGCAAACCUUUACUUCGUCUAUCACAGAUCAUUUCGGUCUCUGUACAUUAUUUUUACUUAUUUUCGUAUCAUUGAAUUUUAAAAUUUUUUUGCGAAAUCUAGCUCCUUUCAAAGUAAAUAAUUUUGCCAAAUGAGUUUCGAAACUAGUCCUGCGAAAUACGCCCGUUCCAUUUUCGCAAAUUAAGUUCGCGCGAAAAUAAGUGACUAAAAGGUAGUUUCGUCGUCCAGCGAGAGAAAGGAAGAAGGAGGACCAAUAUCAUAAACAGGUACAUCUUUUUUUGGGUCUAUUAAUCUUGGCAAUGGAAGUCUUUCCCGCGCUGUGCUAAUUUUUCCUUAAAAACCGGCUUUCAAAGUUAUUUUAUAUUUUUUUUCUAAUUUUUUUUAAUUCUUACUUUUUUUACGUUUCUUCGCUGUGCCGUCAGUUCUACCAUCAUAGAAUUAAAAUUGUCCUUGCAGAAAGUUGAUUUUGUGGUUAAAAAAGCACAGCAUUUACCAGUUGUGAAAACGAUAAUUAAACUUCUUGCUUGGUUUCUCCUUUUAUUUCAAUCGAGUCGGUUUUAUUGUAUUCUCUAAUACAUAAAACAUCUUAGUUUCCUGAAGUCCCGUUUCACACAAUAUUGAAAACCCGGGUGUUAUAUUUUUCAUACAAACUUUUAUUCAUAACAACUUCUCUGACUAUACACCUCAGCUCUCUGUAAAUAAUUGGAUCAGAAAAUGGUUAUAUAACAAUUUCGUGUUAUCAUACAAACGCUUGUUGUGCAAUAGCGUACACACACACGUCACAAUUUCGUUUUCCGUUUAAAAUCAAAGUAAACGAAAACUGCGUCCUCGUUUUGAAACGAAUCUAAUGUGAACUAACAUUAAGCCAGGUUAAACCCCAGAUGAUGACUCGUUUAAGCAUGAUUUUGGCCAAUUGUGGAAAGAAACUUCUGCAUGCUGAUAUGCAAAUUUAUUUUAAAAAUCGUCAGUCGCACUCGGACACAUCCAUAAUCUGCAUCCUAGGAAAGUUCUUAUUAAAAUUACAUUCGCGAUUAGUUCAAGGCGACAGCCAGAUUUGAUGAGAUCUUGGCGUCCAAAUACACACUGUGGCCAACUUCUAUCCAUGUUCUCCGACCAUAUCUUUCUUUACGUGGAACUCGCUAACAUAGAUCACCACACCCAGAAACAAAGAGAUUACAAUUCAAAUAAAAAUAAAAACAACAAAAAACCAUCCACUUCAACAUCUAAAAUGGCCUUUGAAAGGCGGAACGGAAGCUUCUAAGGAAAAGCACAGGUCAAUCUUACCACUGUAUAUCACCUCUUUUCCUCGGCGGUUUAAGAGAAAAAACGCGUCCUCUAUCGUUCAGUUCAAUUUGGACUACAAAAACACAGCAUAAAUUAAAAAAAAACACUUUGCAGGAAAUUAACUGGGCUCUCAGUUAAAUACAAUGGGCGAAAUUAACACUCACGAGAAAUUGCAUUAAAUAAGGAAUGAUUUUUUAAUAACGCAACCACCGUAAAAAUAAUACAAACAAAAAAAGAAGAAAAUAAUCUUAAAGAAGACAAGAAAAAAGAAGCUUGAUCGGAAAACUGGGAAAAUAUUAGUCCAGCACUGCAUGCAACGUCAAAAGUAAAAAAAUCUUCCUCAAAAUUAUCGUUCUAUUGCGCCAAACCUUCUGAUUAAAUAUUUGUCAAACUACCCAAAUAUUUAUCAUAGCGUCCAUCAAAGCAUUACUGUCGGAUGAAAGAUUAGACAGAGGCAAGACUGCGAAAAAAAAAAGAGUAAACGAAGUGGAAAUUAACGAACAAAGAAGCAAUUUGGUCCCACUAACGAAAGUUAAAGCGACCCCGGAACUUGAAAAAUUUGACCUCAUUUCAUGAAGUGUUAAUUUCCUCAAAUAAGAAAGCCCUUACCACUCCGUUUAAUAUGCGCCUCGCUGAUUAUCCAAAGAUAAACAUAAGCGAUGUGUGUGUGAAGGUAAAUGACGGUCUAAAGUACACCCUGCAAGCUAUCACGAGAAAUGAACCUAACGAACUAGAAAAUCUGAAACGAGCGUAUCAGACCCUGGUUUUUCCUUAUACGAGCAACACGAAGGGGUAGUCCUGACAACCCAUUUUGUUUUCAACAUUGCAAAGACUCAAUAUCAUCGUAAAUAAUGGCCUCAAUUUAGAGAAAAUGAGCCUUUUCAGCUCAUUGUCCACUUUCAGACAAUACAAGCUCGAAUACAAUGUCAUCUUGAUUGACGCUUUCAAUAACAGCACUACGGUUUAAUUCUAUAAUUUAACGAAAAUUUCAUGAAGAAAAAAGAGCUUAAAGCCCUCCCCCCCUUGUACUUUCCCAUUGUAAUCGAUCUCUUUGAAGUAAAAUCGGAAGAAAAGUUCCGAACGGAUGAAGCUCAGCAAGCAAUACCAUACAAUUUACGUAUUUGCGUAUUCGCAUAGGCGUCAUUGCGGUCCAGUGAUACCAGAGAGUGAAAAACGGCUACACUGGAUCAUGACGAAAUCGGUAGAAAAGCAGCUCGACAAGACACACAAAAGAAGAUGCUUCAAAGUCUGAGUUCUCCAAAUUGUGCUCACUCAACGACGAAAGCAUAGUAACAAUCUGGCACCUCAGUCUUAAUGAGUCACUUUUGAAAAUUAUGCAUCCCAAUAUUUCAAUAGUAUCAUAAUCAAAUAAGUUUAUCGUUUGUGAAUAACAUUAUACUCCCCGAAAUGGCCGAACAUCUAUAAGUCUAUGUUUAUUCCAUAUGCGUAAAUUACACGAGAUGAUACCAACAGAAACAGAAGUACAAAUCUAACACUGAAAUCAGCAUUUAUUCUUCGAGCAUGAUAAACAACGCGUGCGCUUAAACGAUCCGUUCGGAAUAAUAUUACAAGGAAUGGAUUAUCAUUUCCUGUAUAAUAUGGGUAGUUUUUCUUGUGGGCAGCACAGUCCAGCGUUGCGUUGAAGAUGCAGGUUGAGGAUUACCGUAUUAAUACUUUCCCUGUUCGAUUGCCAGUUGAAUAGAUGAGAUUUGGUUUUGUUUUGAAAGAAAAACAACUCCAGUUUAAGGGAUUUAGUUACUGGUGGCAGAACAACCUGCGUCCUAAAGUUUAGCACUGUAUGUCGAAAGCCUGAAAACGUGUCGAACGAAGAACUUCUUGCAUGGUCACAAAUUACAUUUUGCAAAGCCAAAGGAGCAACGCGACAUCAUUCAUAAUUCAACUGAAUUUCCAAAUGGAAGUGACUACAGAGUCACCGACACUGAAAAGUAAUUCAUUUUGGAGCAUAAAUGACUCCAUUACCACGGAUACAUCGGAUGGCUUCAGCUGUCAGUCAAAUCAAAGCGAUGGCUCCAUAACAAAAGGAUUGAAAAUAUUCUCCUACUGUGUCAUUCUGCUUCUCUCAGUCUUUGGGAACUCUCUACUGAUCUCCAUUAUCAAGAGAAACAAGCGGAUGCAAACCAUUACCAAUUAUCUCAUCGCUAACAUGGCGGUCUCAGAUAUAUUAAUAACAGUUUCAGCCGUCCCUCGACAAAUCACAGAAAUAUUACUUGGUCCUGAGAUUUGGUUGAUUAAGGGAGAUUUUGGUUCUUUUCUCUGUAAAAGUGUGUCUUUCUUUCAAGAUAUUUCAACGGCAGUGUCAAUUUUAAGUCUCGUCGUCAUAGCCAUCGACAGAUACAGAGGAAUUGUGUUCCCUUUGCGAAGACCACUCAUAAAGCCGGCUAAACUCUGCAAAGUUAUCAUACCGUUAAUAUGGCUUGUUUCCAUGAGUCUACACGCCGUUUAUUUCUAUACUUUUCGCGUGAUAACAAUCAAUGACAAAUCAUACUGCAGGUUGAGCUGGGCUCCCAAGUUUGAUCAGAAGAACUCUCAGGAAAUUUAUUAUGUCAUAUUACUGGUGCUCCUAACCGCUAUUCCAACAUGCGUACUUACGUCGCUCUACUCCGUUAUAAUCCUGAAUCUCAAAAGAGGAGGAAUUAAAAGAUGCAAAAGUCUUUCUAAUUGCAUAACGUCUCAGAGGCUUAAAGAGGACACAAAGGUGGUGAGGAACAUCCUUGCAAUUCUGUUUGCCUUUAUGGUUUGCAUUAUCCCAAUUAACGUUUUUGCUAUCCUAAUGUACUUCGUUUGGGACUGGAAAUUGCCCUGUGGUAUGGAAGGUUUUGUUUUUGCCGUAUAUUUCAUCCUAUAUCUAAAUGCUUCGGUGAAUCCUUGUAUUUAUUUCACUUUCAAUGAAAAAUAUCGUCAAGGUUUGUUAAACAUCCUAAAGGCCUUCAUUAGGCGAUCAAAGCUCAAGGCAGCUGUCGAGAGACAAUCAACUGAAUCCAUGACGUUAGUAACACCACGGAAAACAUCUUAAUCCGAUGUAACAUGGAAACUUGAAAUUUAUUUCUAUUGUAAUAAUUGCCUUCAAAAAUCUUAUUGAAAAUUUCAUGUUUCCAUGUUUUCCUUUCAGGGACAAUACCGGAAACGAUACGCUAUAUCUCUCCCUAUGAAUUCGUUUCAUUACUACUUUUUCCUUUCAGUGUUUCGUGCUCAGAAGUAGAGACACCACCUGAACCAUCGAUAAACGUGAGUUCAGCGCAAGAAACCUCGAGCUACGAAAAGAUUUUUUAUCUAUUUUUCGAGACAAAGUAUCUCUCAGGGGUAAAUGUUAUGACAAGAGUCUCAAUCCAUAGCUCAAUAUCUAAAGAACGUAAACACUUUCAAAUUAUCAAUUAGAUGACUCUGGAAAAAAAAACCAACUUAUGACAGUGCUAUUUAUUCAACCUCGACGUUUUUUCCAAGAGUCAUAAUUUGCCCAAAGAAGGAAAAUAUUGAGAUUAGUCAUCACAUAGAUAAUUUAUUUAAAUUCAAUAGUUAUUUAAUUGACACGAUUACCUGAUUCGCACAUGAAGAAUCGAACCUCAAUUUCGAAUUUGUUAGGAUUCUCCAGCACAAAAAAACCGAAUUUGGUAAGCUUGGCGUUAAUAUAAUUCAUAUGCGACAGUUUCCAGCAAACAGCUAAACCAAUUUCGACAGAACAUAUUAUGUAAAUACAUUGAGCUCAGUUGUCAAAUAAAGAUGUUAUCCAUUACUGUUUGA